AAAGAGAGAGAGAGAGAGAGAGAGAGAGAGAGAGAGAGAGACACAGAGAGAGAGAGAGACAGAGACAGAGAGACAAAAUAAAGUGCUCAUGUGUAUUUAGUGCAGACUUGUGUUUAUGUGUUUCAUAAGUGAUCUGUUCAUAUUCAUAUGUUCAUGUGUGAGUGUUAGAUGGUUUGUGUUGUGUGUUUAGUUACUCGGCUAUAGAAGUGGGGAUCAGGGGGUCAGCUGGAGGAUGAAUGACAGGAGCGUGUUGACAGUUUGUUUGGCUUCUUGGAUGGUUCUCUGGAGGGCAGGGUUGGUUAUUGCUGUGUUUAAGUAUCUUAGGGCUAAUGCUUGGUGUCUCUGUCUGAUUGUCUGGAUGCCGGUUAUUCUGUGAAUGUAGUGGUUGCUGAUAUAAUUUGGGAGACGGUGAGCCAGUUUUAGUGCUUUGUUUUGUAUGACUUGGAGGCGUUGUAUCUGGUUGUCAGUGAGGGUGAUCCAGGCGGGGACAGAGUAUUCAAACAGGGGGCGGAUGUAAGCUAGAUAGACUUUGAUUAUUGUUGAGGGUGAUGCACCAUUCUUUCUGCAGAGGGCUGUGAGAUGGUUCAGUCUGAUGUUUCCUUUUUGUUCCAGUUUUGUGAUGAAUUUGGUCCAGGUCAUGUUGCUUUGAAAGGCGACUCCGAGGAAAGUUGCUUCGUUGCUGAUGCUGAUUUGUUGUUAAAUUAAAGAGAGGUGGAUGUUGUUGAGCUGUAGGUGUUGAUUUUUGGUGAAGAUGACACAUUGGGUUUUGACAGGGUUGAGUUUGAUGCGUCACAUGCUUGACCAGGUUUCUGUUUCUGUUAUGCAAUGCUGAAGUUUAUUGGCUGCUAGUUGUGGAGAUCAGUCAGCAAUCUGAGAAACUUUGGCUGUGGUGGCUGGCGGGUAGUAAAUGUCUGAGGUGUAGAUGAGGAAUAGAAGCGGACUGAGAACUGCGCCUUGUGGUACUCCUGCUUGGGGGGUGAAUGGUGUUGAGAUGGCUGAGUUGACUUUGACCUUGAUGUGACGGUUGUUGAGGAAGCUGGAGAUGAUGGAUUUGGUGGGUUUGGGGAGUUUGAGGUUGGUAAGGAUGUGACUCAUGUCUACAGCAGUGUAGUGUGAUAAAGUAGGGGGCGGGGCUUGAUUCCUUAUGUCAUCAGACAGUAGGCGGAGCAGAAGAGCCUUCAGUGAGAGAAGAGAUGUUGUACUCACAGAGGCUUUAUUUCUUAACUGCUGCACAUUGUGUGUGUGUGUGUGUACACUGUAUUUAUCCUGAAUCUGUGUUACAAUACAACAUGAUUAUAAUCACACACACACUGUAUUAACCAACAGUAGUUAAUAAACCACUAACUGGACUGAACACAGUAGCUGUAAUCUUCCAGAUACACAACGUCCAUGUGUCUGUAGGAGCAGCGCUGGUUCUGCAGUGUUUCAUGUGGCAGCUACAUGUUGUUGUCUGCAGCUGAAUCCACAUGACAUCAUGUUUCCUGCUGAUGGUGGACAGUUUGACCACUGGCGCCAUCUUGUGUCAGAAGAACAACACAGCAGACUGAACUGUGAUCACAUGACUCUUCACCUCUGUCUCCUCUCACAGGGAGAAGAUGAUCUGCAGGAUCCUGCUGCUCAUCAGCCUCAACUGUGUCUGUGGAACAUUUGUAGUGAAUGUGACACAGACGUCCUAUCAGGCAGAGGAGAACCACAACAUCACACUGGAAUGGACGUUCACAACCACAGCUGACACUCCCACAGACUCACUUUAUAUCUUCUGUCAGAUGAUAAAUGAUCACAAAGUCUCAGUCCUGUUUCAUCUAUCUGGAGGUGUUGUGAUCCCAGAGUCUCAGGAUCAACAGUUUGUAGGACGAGUCCAGUGGGACAAAGACGUCCUCAGAGACGGACGACUCAGACUUCAUGUGUCCAGACUCAGGACUGAGGACUCAGGACAGUACCUGUGUGAUGUGAGGACACACUAUGGUGGAGGCUCGGGUGAAUGUCGGCUCAGCGUCUCUGCAGCGAGAGAUCAACCAGAACCUGAGAGACCCGACACAGAUUCACCUGAGAGACCCAACACAGUCAGCUGGGGAAGGAUCGUCCUCUACUGUGUUCUGGGACUGACAGCACUAGUGGUUGUUGUGUUGUUUGUUCGUUUCCUUUUAUUUUUUCCCCGUCCAUCUGAGAAACAGACGUCCUGCAGAGGAUUCAGGAAAAGGUCCAUCUCAGCAGGAUCAGAUGAAACAGUUUGAUCAACACUGUAAAUGAGACGGUAAAAUCACAUCGUGCCUUCAUGUUGGUCAGUAAGUGUCCUGAUAUCAGAGUCAGAGCAGAUCAACAAUGAUGGAGUUGAUGGAGGAAACAUUGUUCUUCACCUUCAGAUCUGAAAACUGCUCUGUGAGAAACAUGUUGAUGUUACGACUGUAUAUUUGUUACAUUUAUAAACUGUCUGGUCAAAAGAAACAUCAACACCUGGAGUUAACUGAGUAAACAGGUCAGAAACAUCCAUCAGAUCAUCACUGCACUGAACUCAAGAUGUUGGUGAGAAAUUAAAGCAACUCUGGACAGAAAGAAAUGUUGUGACGUGGAUCAGCUGAUCAGAACGAUGCCACAGAGAAACUGGCUGGAAUCAAAGCUAAAGGUGGUUCAACCAAAUAUUACAGAGAGUGACUUUUUAAAAUAUUUUUUCUACAUGAUGUAUUAAUUUAAUAGGUAAAUAUGACAUCAUGAUUCAUCUCCCAUCUACUGGACUCCUGCAGGUCAUGAAGCUUCAGCUGAACUGAUGUGCUUGUUGUAUGAUGUUACAGGACAUACAGGAAGUGAUGUCAUCAUAUAUUUUAUAUCAGGAAACUGUACAUAAAUCCAUUAAUAUGAGAGAAGUUGUUUUCUAUUAACAUGGUAUCAUUUAUAGAUGCUAUUUGUGAGAAAAGUUGAUUUUUCAGUCUUGUUCUUCUGAAACUGAUGUUUUGUUAUUGUAGGACAGUUUGAAGCCAUACGUCAAAUAAAAUCAUCUUGUUUCAUUUAAACAUGAAAAAAACAUAUUUUUCUAUGAAAAUAUGUUGUAUGACACAUGAAACCUCUUUAUAUACUGUUUCUGUUAUGUAUUUUGUUCCAUGUAUUUUAUCAUGUCACUUUGUUCUGUUUGAAAAGCUGUGAUUUGUUAAAGAUAAAGGAUUUCUGCUU